CAUGAGUAAAAAUUAUCCUGCUGUUUUCCUUGUACUCUACUGUAGUCCACACCAGUUAAAUAAUCAGUGGUCAAUAAUACCCGGAAUAAUUAAUUUAAAUCUUCUAUUAGAAUAAUUCCAUUUUCACCGCACCUUCGCCUUCCUCGAUACUGUAAAACCCGGAUUUGAAUCAAGAAAUCUCCUCUCUCUUUCUCCAUUUAUAUCCACUUUCUUUCUCCAACCUUUUCAACAACCCCACCCUCGCUUCUUUCAAAACGAAACCCUGCAAUCAACUCAUUUCACAGUAGUUUCAUUGUACUGUUUUUGCGAUGGGUGAUAGGCAGUUGUUGUCUGAGCUUCUGAAAGAAGAUCAAGAGCCAUUUCAGUUGAAGAGUUACAUUGAACAGAGGCGCACUCAAUUACAAAUCAAGAAACGCAACCCCAAAAUUUUACAAACCCCCACGAAACGUACAAAUCUGUGCAAACAUGCUUGUUUUUUCUCGUUUCAGAACUCGCCGGACAUUAGAAAAUCACCCUUUCACGAUUUUUAUUCACCAUGUAAAUCCCCAAAGGGUGCCGUGUUCCUCCACAUCCCUGCCGGAACUGCUGCUCUCCUCUCUGAAGCCGCGAUGAGGAUUGAAAAACAGAAACCGAAGCCUAAAACCCAGAUUAAAAAUGUCGGUUUCGGGCUGUUUGGAUCCAUUCUGAAGAGACUGAUAGAUCGGAACAAGAGCAAAAAGCGUGCCAUUGGGGAGGCAAAACUUGAAAAACCAGAAAAAAUGGAAGCGGAGAUUAGAAUUUCUUGUUCCUGUAAUAACAGCAGGCUUAGCAGUGCUGGUUGGUCAGAAUAUAAUGAAGAGAAAUCUAUGGAUUUGGAGACAUCUACUAGCAGCUGUAGUAGGUCCGAGGAUUCGGAAAUUAUUAUUUCUUGUGAAAACCGCUUUUGCAUAAGCCCUUUCAGAUUUUCUCUUCAGACAAGCCCUUCAAUCUCCGGUCACCGGACGCCGGAUUUUUGCUCUCCGUCAGCUUCUCCGAAUCGCCACAAAAAACAGGUUUGUCUCUUCAUUUUGGCUCUUUUUCUCUUCCUUGGGAAAUUACUAUUACAUUCUCUUUUUCUUAGGAUUCUUCGUCUUUCCUUAGAAGUUAAUACUAAAAUUUACUCAAAUGAUGAUAAGAAACUAAAUAUUCUUUUAAAGAGGAAAAAAAUCAUUUUCCCGAAACAUAAAAGGAAAGUUGUGAUACGGUCAAUUAUGAGUAGCGUUGAAAAGAUUAACAUAGAACAGAAUGAGUUGGACUUUGUGAGUGAACUCGCGACUCAGAUGAACAUGUUUGACUUAUUUUUCCCGUCGGUAGACGAUCUCGUUGUUUGCUUUGUUUUUUAUUGUACUGAACUUGCAGGGACAAAACAUCAGCUUUUGUACAGGCUCCGUAGAUUCGAAAAACUAGCAGAAUUGGAUCCAAUGGAACUUGAGAGAAAAUUGCUAGAAGAAUCAGAUGAUGAUGAUGAUGACUACCUUGAAGAAAGAGAGGAGUUGGAAUAUGAAGAGCCCUUGACUUUGUACAAAGAGCGGAGUGUUGACAAAUUUGUAACCGAAGUUUUCAACAAAUCAAGCCUUCAAAACACGAGGAAGAUUUCCACUGACAUGACGAGGCUAGUUUCAGAUUUAAUUACCGAAGAAAAACGUGAAAUGAAUUUCUGGUGCAAUAAAGAAGUCGUGUUGGGAAGGGUUUGCAACAGAUUGGAUUCAUGGAGAGAAGUCGAAUUUGACACCAUUGAUAUGAUGAUUGAAUUGGAUCUCAAAAAGGAGAUGGAUGGGUGGAAAAACUUUCAUGAGCAGGUGGACGGAACAGCAGCAGAAGUUGAGCUUGUGAUCUUUGGGCUAUUGGUGGAUGAAUUAUCAAAUGAACUGUUUCACUUGGCUGGACACGACGAAAAACUCGAGAACUUCUUGGUCGAAUGCUCGUGAUAAAUUUUUUAUUUUUUAGAUCUUGAGAAUUCAUCGUGUUCUCACUCGUCUUGUCAAGGGCUUGAGGGAUAGGAAAAUUUGGAAGGUUGAUUAGAUUAUUCUAGACAGUACGAAUCUAACAUUUCUACUGUCAUGUUCAGCAUUGCAUGCCUAGCCCGCAUUUAGAUUAUAGUAGUAAGAUUUAUGUAUAUUAACAACUUAUCUACGUAAUUUCCUUUAUUUAACGAGACAGAAUAACUUAUCUACGUAAUUUCAGAA